UUUGUGCCACUGUGAAGCAGCCGAGCCGAGCCGAGCCGCAACAACGACGCCAGGGAAGUCUGCAGGCCCUUUAGACUGACGGACAUCGAUGGGUAAGAAAAAUCGCCUCACAGGAGGAGCGGUCGGUCGGAGAACGAUCCUACAGCUUUCCCCUCCCGGGCUGCGCGGCGGGAAUGUCGGAGAGAGGGAAGAAGCCCCCUCGGGAUCCGAUGAUGAACAGGAGGUUGAUGGACACAGAUUUAUGAGAGAAAGACUCACAAACAUGAAGACUGCCGCAGUAAAGGCCACAGAGGGCUUGUCUCUGCUUGGAGCCUACGAGGACAGCGAUGAAGAGGAGGCUGGAGACGCUCUUCCGCUUUCCACUGCAAAGUCAACAGACAUCGACAGUACAUUGGCCAAUUUCAUGGCUGAAAUUGAUGCCAUCACCACCCAGCCAAAUUCUGAAGAUGCAACUCCACCUUCGGUCCCAACCGCCGCACCACCCAGACCUGAUGUGGACACUCGGCAGCCAGCUGCCAGUGCAGCUCAAAACCAACAAAGCGCAGAGUUUGAGUACAAUACUCAGUGCUCUCUUUCUGGAGUGGGUGUAGAGAUGGGAGACUGGCAGGAGGUGUGGGACGAGAACUCUGGCUGCUACUACUACUGGAGCACUCGGACCAACGAGGUGUCCUGGGAGCUGCCGCACUAUCUAGCUGAUCAGGUGCAAACUCUGGGCCAGAAUACCAACAGGGAGGUCAUUGAGAGUGUCGUGGGCCUCACAAGUGAAGAAGAAGAGCGCCACGGAGUGGCGGCGUCUCUGCUCGGGCCUUUGAUCCCCUCUGAAGUGAAGGAAUCAGAAGAGCGAUGGAGGAAAAAGCUGCUUAAAGGCUUGGAUGAGACUGAGAACAGUUUAGAUUCUGACGGGGAAGGCGUUCGCAGUGCAGUAUCUCAAUCCACCCCUCCGCUGGACCCUGACCCAAUCCCCACGGUCCAGAAAGACGUUUGCCACAAGGACUUGGAGGACAAUUCUGAUGCAGAGGAGGAGACUGAAGAAGACACCAUGGAGCUGGAACUGGCCCUGGAGAGGAAAAAGGCUGAGCUGCGGGCGCUAGAGGAGGGCGACGUGAGUGCCGGGGGCUCCAGUCCUUGUUCCGAGACCAGCCAAGAAGCCUCUGGUUCUCGAGGCAUUCUGCUAAAGAAAAAGCGGUGGAAGACCGCCUUCCCUUCGGCUCCCAGUCCAGAGUCCAACAGCAUCGGCUCCGACCUGCAGGACAUCACGGAGACAACCGUUUCGAAAGCUCAAGAAAGCGUCAAAGAAGUGGAGGACAAGGAAACAGAUGGUUCAGAAGAGAAGGCGCUUACAAUUCCUCCGGUUAAAGAAGAGGUGGAAACACCGGAGCUGAAAGUAGAAACGCCUGAGCUCAAGUUUCAGAUUGGAGAACUGGCUAAUACGUUGACUAGCAAGAUGGAGUUCCUGGGGAUAAACAAAAGGGCGAUCUCAAACUUUCAGUUUCUUCUGUUACAAACUGAGACUCGGAUUGCUGACUGGAGAGAGGGCGCACUGAAUGGGGUCUAUCUUCGUCGCAGGCUCCAGGAAGCUGCCGAACACAUAAAAUAUUACGAACUUAACGCCACUCCUAAAGGCUGGUCCUGCCACUGGGACAGAGAGCACAGGCGGUAUUUCUAUGUGAACGACCGGACCAGUGCCUCCCAGUGGGAUUUUCCAAAAGAGGACAAGGAGGAAGACCUGCAAGGCACAGAGACACAGACCUCCAGCCAAGAGAACACCAAAACAUUGACCGCAUCUCCUGGUGGGGUCGCAGGAUCUUUCACCCCAGCCGCCCCCCCACCAGCACCGCCCCAGCCCAUUGCAUCGUCUCUCUGGUCCCCACCCCAACCCCCCCUUCCUGACAGCCCACCUCCCCCUCCUGGACAGCCCCCACCACCGCCUCUCCCCCCCGGCUCCCCACCUCCACCACCUCCUCCUCCUGACAGCGACGAAGAGAUCAUGGAGGUGGAGAUGGAGAUGGACGACGACAAUGACAGCGAGCCGCCUGCUCCUGGAACGGAGGAGGACGGCUCUGCGAGGCCUCCGUUGCCUCCAGGCAGCGCCGGCGUGAAGAUUGUGGAGUCGUCGGUUCCCUUGGGGAAGGGUCAGAAACGUAAAGCCGGCCAGCUGAGUAAAUCCAUCACUAUUGGCAGUGGCGCCAUUCUCUACACCCAGCCGGCUUUUAGCGCAGCUCCUCUAAUUUCUGCAACGGCUUACUGGGGCGUGCCAGCGGUCCCUGCUCCCCUGGUCCCCUGUGAGCCUCCUCUCCCACCUGUCCCGGCCUUACCUCCUCAGCCACCACUGCCGCCAAUCCAGCCGCCCUCUGAACCUCCUGGAGUCAAAGCUCCGGCCGCAGACAAGACCAAGAAAAUAAAAAAGGAUAAGUCAAAGAAGAGUAAGAUCAAAAUGCCGUCUCUGGUGAAGAAGUGGCAGAGCAUCCAGAAGGAGUUGGACGAAGAGGAGAAAAGCAGCUCCAGCGACGAGGACAGAGAUCAGCUCAACAAGAGGAGUAUCGAGGACUGGAAGACACAGCAGCUCAUGACAGGAAAAGCUUCAAAGAAUGCUAAUUUUGAGACGCUGCCCGAUAACUGGAGGGACCGACUGAAGAAACGGAAGACGACGAAGAACACGUAACAUCCAACCUGGGUCAUAAAUCGCCUGCUCACCAUCAUUUUUACUCAGCUCCAUCCCUUAAUACAAGGUCAUCCUGCCCCAGAGGAUGAGGAUUAACGUUUUAUUUUUAUGGUCGUUGGAUUUUUUUUAUCAUUUUAUGGUGGACAAUGGAGACAUUUUGAGGUCCUUACAUGGCAGGCCAUUCCACAGAAGGACCUGAAUGCUCUUUUGUUUUUGUAGUGACUGUUGUAAAUGUGCCAAAAUGAUUGGGUUCAUUGGGGUUCAUCAAAAUCUACUUCACCGCCGUUUUGUCGAGCUUCACGAAAUCGAUGACCACCGCAGUUUGUUUGGAGGGAGUGUGUCUAUUUUAUUGAGUUUAUACAACUCCGUUCAUUCAUGUAUAAUGUUAUGUGCAAUGAUUUGUGAAGGGAAGCGUCGCUGGACUUGUACAUUUUGUAAAGUUAUUAAAGUUUUUUUCAUUUUUUA